ACUUAGACAAAUUUAGAGGGAUGGAAGGAAUAUAGAGUACCAUUGUAAAUAUUACGAUUUCUAUUCACUAAUGAAAUAAUAUUGCCUAAUACACCCACUAAACUAUCAUCAUGAGAGCUCAAAUAAUCUUCUUCCUCUUAAUUAUUUGCAAUUUCAACCUCUUUGUAACAUCUUCCAAACCUUCAAAUUAUCUACCUAGAGGCUCUUCAUUGACUGUCGAAGAUGCUUCAUCGAAACAUCUCGUUUCGCCGGACAAAACCUUCACUUGUGGCUUCUACACAUUCAAUGACACCACCCAUGCCUAUUACUUCUCAAUUUGGUACACCAACUCUAAGGAAAAAACCGUUGUUUGGACGGCUAAUCGAGAUAAACCCGUAAACGGCCAUGGCUCGAGGUUGACCCUAACGAAACAUGGUUCACUAGUCUUAACCGACCGUGGUGGCUCAAUUGUGUGGGCAACAAAUACUUCCUCAGUCGCGGUUGAUAGAGUCGAGCUUCUUAACUCCGGGAACCUUGUUCUUAAGAACAAAAGUGGUAAAAUUCUAUGGAAAAGUUUUGAUUUUCCAACUGAUACUUUGUUACCUAAUCAAUUUUUUACAGAGAACCAAAAAUUAAUUUCUCGAAUAUCUCCGCAAGUUUUUAGUCCUGGCUAUUUUAGUUUUUACUUUGAUAUUGAAAAUGUGCUUAAAAUGGUUUACGACGGCCCUGAAUUUUCAAGCGUAUAUUGGCCUAAUCCUGAUAUUAAUAUAUUUCAAAAUGGUAGAACAAGUUACAAUGGUACCACGGUCGCGAUCCUUGAUGAUACGGGUGCUCUUGUAUCGAGUGAUGGACUACAUUUCAGUGCUUCCGACGUUGGUUUAGGGGUUAAAAGAAGGUUAACAAUGGAUUAUGAUGGGAAUUUGAGGCUUUUUAGUUUGAAUGAUACGUCCGGUUUAUGGACCGUAACAUGGCAAGCUGUUAUUCAACAAUGUGAUGUACAUGGUUUAUGUGGUAGGAAUGGGAUUUGUAUUUAUACACCGGACCCUAAAUGUUCAUGCCUUCCGCACCAUGAACCCGUGAAUUCGAAUGAUUGGAGCAAGGGAUGCAAGCCUAGAUUUAAAAGGGGGUGUAAUGAUACUCAAUUUAUUGAGAUUCCUCAUGUCGAUUACGAUGGUUUCGAUCUCAAUUUUACUCGAAACAUUUCUUUUAAUGAUUGUCGACAAAUUUGCUUAGGGGAUUGUCAUUGCGAAGCAUUUAAACAUGCCAUAAGAGAAGGGUUAUGGACUUGUUACACGAAAGGUGACCUUUUCAAUGGGCACAUGAAUGAUGAGAGUUUGUACCUAAGAAUUCCUAAAAGAGUGAAAUCAUCGGAGUCCAAUAAUAUCCUUAGUGUAUCGCGGUUGGCUUGUGGAGGUGGUGAUCCGAAGAUAGAACUCCUACCCAUGUUGUAUAAUGAUGCCUCAACUCGAAGCUUUAAGUGGGCGUAUUUGUACUCAUUUGGUGUGGCUAUUGGAGCCAUUGAAGUCGUUCUUUUCGUAUCAAGUUGGUGUAUCUUUUUCAGGAAACAUGGGACUUUGGGUUCUUUGGAAGAAGGGUAUCGGACUAUUUCGAGUCAAUUUAGAAGCUUUAGCUACGGCGAACUCAAGAGGGCAACGGAGAAAUUCAAGCAAGUUCUAGGAGAAGGAGGGUUUGGAUCCGUUUACAAGGGUGUUUUAUCAGAUGAAAGGGUGGUAGCAGUGAAGAAACUCGAAAAGGUAGUCCAAGGGGAGGAAGAAUUUUGGGCAGAAGUGAGCACAUUUGGUAGGAUCAAUCAUAUGAACUUAGCUCGAAUGUGGGGUUUUUGUUCGGAAGGGAUACAAAGGCUCUUGGUUUAUGAGUACGUCGAGAAUGGAUCCUUAGACAAACACUUGUUCUCUUCCUCCACUACAAGCACCCUUCUCGAGUGGGAAAAGAGGUACAAGAUUGCACUAGGUACCGCAAAAGGCUUACAAUACCUUCAUCACGAGUGCCUAGAAUGGGUUAUCCAUUGUGAUGUAAAGCCUGAAAACAUACUUUUGGACAGUGAUUUCGAGCCUAAAAUAUCAGACUUUGGGUUAGCAAAGUUAUGCCAACGCGAUAGCCAAGGGUUAUCCCAGUUGUCCAUGAUGAGAGGCACGAAAGGGUAUAUGGCUCCCGAGUGGACAACAAACCUUCCUCUUACAUCGAAGGUUGAUGUUUACAGCUACGGAGUAGUGAUACUAGAGCUAGUGAGAGGGCUUCGACUAUCGAGUUGGGUAGUCGAUGAUAAUGUUAAAGAAGAGGAGAUGCUUAAAUUGAAAAGUUUUGUGAGAUUUGCACAAGGUAAGAUGCAAGAUGGAGGGGAUUCAUGGAUCGAUGACUUAGUCGAUUCGAGAUUGGAAGGAAAAUUUUGUCGAAACCAAGCAGUAAAAAUGAUCGAGAUAGGUCUUUUGUGUGUCGAGGAUGACAGGAACAAGCGUCCAACAAUGGAAUCAGUUGCCCAAGCUCUUGCCGAGUGUGAAGAUGAAGUUGUAACUAUGUGACUAAUACUCCUUAAAAAUAAUGCUUGGAUAUUUAUUCUAGUUAUUUUUGAGCAAAAUGCUUGGAUGUAAGUUUUUUUUUUUUUUUUUUUUUUUUUUUUGAAGAGAAUGCUUGUAUGUAUGUUAAUGUGUUAUUGUAUGCAUAUAAAUUAAAAACAUAAAUCGAAGAAGUAAUUUUUGUAAAAAGUUGUUUAAAAUUAUAAAUUGUUUGACAAUAAUAUGUACUCCCAAACUAGGAUAUGAUAUUUUUACCUUCAUAAUGUAAAAUAAUUUGUAAUUAAGGCCUUAUUUGCU